CUUUUGAGGUUAAGGCGAAGCGGCAACGUUCAAGUUCUUUUUUUGCGGCUGAUGAAAUACAGUGCUUAAAAUAAAACAAUGCUCGCCCGCUGCGCCUUGAGAACAGUGCAGGGGGCGUGGCCCAGAUCGAACAGGAUUUGGUCACAGGAGGCCAUUGGUUUCCACGUGAGCGCCUGUCAACGGGAACCCAGCAAGCGGACCAAACUUGAACUGAAGCGCCGCCUGAAGGCGGAACAGAAGGCAAAGGAAAAGGCCGAGAAGGCAGCAGCCGCUGUUCCGGCGGAGGGAGCGGCCGGCAAGAAGAAGAGCAGCGCCGCCGAGGAGGAGGAGAUCUCGCCCAACGAGUACUUCAAGCUCCGAUCCGCCGCCGUGCAGGAGCUGAAGCGUUCGCCCAACACGCAUCCCUAUCCACACAAGUUUCAUGUGAGCAGUUCGUUGGAGGACUUCAUUGCCAAGUACGAGAACAGCUUGAAGGAGGGCGAGACGCUGGAGAAUGUUAGCCUGAGCGUGGCCGGUCGUGUCCAUGCCAUCCGCGAGUCGGGAGCCAAGCUCAUCUUCUACGAUCUGCGCGGCGAGGGAGUCAAGGUGCAGGUGAUGGCCAGCGCCAAGUCCUACAAGUCGGAGGCGGAAUUUGAGACGGACACCGCCAAGCUGCGACGCGGCGACAUCAUCGGCGUCGUUGGACAUCCCGGCAAGACCAAGAAGGGUGAGCUGUCCGUGAUGCCCACCGAGAUUCAGCUGCUGUCGCCUUGCCUGCACAUGCUGCCCCAUCUGCAUUUCGGCCUCAAGGACAAAGAGACGCGCUAUCGCCAGCGCUACCUUGAUCUCAUCCUCAACAACAAAGUGCGCGAGAACUUCCAAAUCCGUGCCAAGAUCAUCUCGUACGUUCGCCAGUUCCUGGAUCGCCUCGGUUUCCUGGAGAUCGAGACGCCCAUGAUGAACAUGAUCGCGGGUGGAGCCACUGCCAAGCCCUUCGUGACGCAUCACAACGACCUGAAGAUGGAUUUGUUCAUGCGCAUCGCUCCGGAGCUGUACCACAAGAUGCUGGUGGUAGGUGGCCUCGAUCGCGUCUACGAGAUUGGACGUCAGUUCCGUAACGAGGGCAUCGACCUUACCCACAACCCGGAAUUUACCACGUGCGAGUUCUACAUGGCGUAUGCGGACUACGCCGACAUUAUGGACAUCACCGAGCAGUUGGUAUCCGGUAUGGUGAAGGCCAUCCGUGGAUCCUACAAGGUCAUCUAUCACCCGGAUGGUCCAGAGGGACCCGAGCAAGAGCUUGACUUCACGCCGCCCUUCAAGCGCGUCUCCAUGAUCAAAACGCUGGAGGAGAAGCUGCAGGUCAAGUUCCCUGCGGCUGACACCUUCAACUCGCCGGAAACGAAUCAGUUCCUGUCGCAGCUGUGCACCAAGCACCAGGUGGAGUGCCCCGCCCCUCGCACCACCGCCCGCUUGCUGGACAAGCUAGUGGGCGACUUCAUCGAGGAGUUCUGCGUGAAUCCCACGUUUAUCUGCGAGCACCCGCAGAUCAUGUCCCCGCUGGCCAAGUACCAUCGCAGUACUCCCGGUCUGACGGAGCGCUUCGAGCUGUUCGUGGCCAAGAAGGAGAUCUGCAACGCCUACACCGAGUUGAACGAUCCCGUCGUGCAGCGCGAGCGUUUCGAGCAGCAGGCUAGCGAUAAGGCCGCUGGAGAUGACGAGGCUCAACUGGUCGACGAAAACUUCUGCACGGCCUUGGAGUACGGACUGCCGCCCACUGGCGGAUUCGGUCUGGGCAUCGAUCGCCUGGCCAUGUUCCUCACGGACUCCAAUAACAUCAAGGAGGUUCUUUUGUUCCCCGCCAUGAAACCGGAGGAGGCUAACCGCACGGCAACCGAAACAGCUCCUGCCGCCACUGCCACCCAGCAGUAGAACUCCAACACUCAAUCCCAUCCUUGUACGUUACGCUGGUCCCGGGCUAGUCCCCAGUUGCUAAGUUAUUCAACGAAUAAAAUGUAUCUUUUCCAAUA